UCGAUCAUGCAUCAUUAUACAUUUUGUACGUAAUGUUAGUCUAAUGGAUAAGAUCAAGGCAGAAGUGUGCUCUGCGUUGGCAGGAAAAGCUUCAAACAGAGAAAUCUUCGGAGGUGUGCGUUGUGAUGAACGGCCUAGUUUGUUGCGCUACAACGUUACUUAUAUUGUAGCCGCAGUUUUGGUUCGUGAAAGUGAUGAUGGCAAAGAUCAUGAAAUUUUAAUGAUGCAAGAAGCCAAAGCAUCCUGCAGAGGACUUUGGUAUUUACCAGCAGGGAGACUAGAAGACAAUGAAACUCUUGUUGAUGGAGUCAAGCGUGAGGUUCUAGAGGAAACUGGUUUACUGUUUGAACCAAAUGCUAUGCUUGUAGUAGAAAGUCAGUGGCUGCAGUGGCUACGUUUUACAUUUACUGGCUAUCCACUAGGUGGGAAACUGAAAACAGAAAGUGAUUCUGACAAGGAGUCACUGCAGGCUCAGUGGAUUUCAUGGAAACAGCUUACAUCAACGGAGUGGCAAAAUCAACUUCGGGCACCUGAUAUAAUGCCACUUAUAAGGCAGACUCUUCAAUGGCACAAGGAAGAUAAAGAAAAGAAAAUUUAUAUCGUACCUUCUCUUGUACCUCUGACUCAUUGCUUUGUGAAGAUAGUUCUUGUAGAAAAAAUUGCAAAGGACAGUACAAGCAGUUUCCGUGUGUAUGUUGGCCAUUCCUCGUCACCAUCGAUUCCUUUGGUUUGUGCUUCAAGAAUUGAUUCUCUUGUUUCAGUAUGCAGGGAAGGCCUCAAGAGUUUUGGUUACAAGAGAAGCAUCAGAAUAGUUGGACUGUGUGGAGUAGAACACGAUGGAUCAAUGACCAAACAUGUCAAGAGUGAUGGAUUGUGUCUUACAGUUCUUGUGAUAUCAGAUGAUUCUGAAGCAAAAGCACAAACUGACAGUGACAGAAACUGUUGGGUAGAAUUUGACGACAAACCAACUUGUCAACUUAUUGAACGUUUGAUGCUGCCAAACGGAUCUAUCUCCAUUUGCCAUUAGUUUGCUAUUGAACGUAUGAAUAUUUAUUCACUAUUGCGGUAGUGUACAAUAUGCAUGUCUGAGUGUUCAAUGAUACAAAUAUGCUUUUGGGUGUAAAUGACUGUUGA